CGUUCCUCCACUCACCUUCGUCGACCGCAUCUCUUUCUUCGCGUCAACAUCAAACCGAGACGUCCAUACCUGAGCUGCACGACAAUAUCACAGCUCUACCCAAGCUAACCUACGCGUCUAUUUUUCAGUCAUCGCGAUAAACGCCAGAUACUCAGCGAAGCGACGCGCAGCCGCGGCUUACUCGCGAAUCCGCCGGAAACCUUCAUUGGGCUUCCUUGACCACUAACUCAUCACGGCUAACAGCAUCGCCCACAUAGUGAGCGGGCAGGAACGCGGUUGGAGCGUCGGCCAAAGGCGGUGGCAGAACGAGCAAACAGUCUCUGGAAUCUCGGGAUCCUGUUUCCAUUCUCCCUCGUCUCAACUACAUCAUCUUGUUCCCUGUACCUAAGGCUUCUGGGCCGAACAAGGAAAGAACUACGGUCACGUCGCCAUUGGGGAAGACCGGAGCACAGAGCUUCGUCUUCAUUUUUAUUUGGCUAAAGGAGAGGAUUAUAUUGGCUUGGCAAUUUCCAUCCAACCUCUUCCAUCCUGUCUGCGGAACGAGGAGUGUACGUAUCAGAUGUUCUCUGUUUUCUAUCCUACGUUCGAGUUUGUCUUUUGGCUUCAGGCUUUGGCAAUGACCCUGUAUUGGCAGCGGCUGAUGAUCAUGUUCAAGACUGCAGACAUAUCCUGUAUCUCGCAGACUAAUAACAACCUUUUUCCAACUACAACCAAGCUCACUGCCCCAACUCACGGCUACCAGAUAAUAACGUCACCAUGGCUGAGGAGGAAUUCGAGAUCGAUAUCUACGGCGAUGCGCCCCAAGAUCACCAAGACGGAAACGCCGAGAACUACGACGGAGCCAACGGUCAUGCGGACAACCACCAGGAACAGCAUGACCAGCAGGAGCACCACGACGAUCAGCAGAAGCACGACCAGCAGGAAGAAUAUCACGACCAGCAAGAGGCGCCUGCUCCCCAGCAGGGUGUCAAGAGAAAGGGCGACGACCGGCCGAUCGAUCCAGGCGCGACCACAGCUUUGAUGGUUUCGGACCUCAACUGGUGGAACACGACGACGACGACAUCAGAGGAUACGCCAGAGCACAUUGCGACGAGCUCAAACUUUCAACAAGCCUACAUCGAGUUCACAUCGCAGCAAGCUGCCACGGCCGCCAAGCACGCUUUUGAGUCGACAGACAGCGCUCAAGGCGUACCGAAGAAAUACCAGGUCACUUACUCGAACCCCCACGUCAACCCGUUCCGCACGCUGCCUAAGGAUGCACCGAACCGCGCAGGUAAAGACCAGGGCAGCCGACCGAACAACAACAACAACUACAACAACCAGGGUUCCUCGAUGGGUGGCGGCGACUUCCGUGGAAACGGCUACCGUGGUCGUGGAGGCUUCAAUGGUCCUCGUGGUGGCAUGAACCAGGGCGGAUUCAACCGCAACUUCUCGGGCGGCAUGGGAGGUGGCUUCAACAAUAACAACAUGGGAGGCGGCGGCUUCAACAACGGCAUGGGUGGCGGAAAUUUCGGCGGCGGUGGUUUCCAGCGGGGCGGCGGCUUCGGUGGUGGCAUGCGCGGCGGCCCCGGCAUGCGUGGUGGACGAGGCGGUAUGCACAACCCGAUGGGCGGUAUGAACAUGGGCCCGAUGGGAGGCAUGCCCAACAUGGGUAUGCCUAACAUGGGCAUGAUGGGCGGCGGAAUGCCUGGAUUCCAAGGCAUGCCUCAACAGUUCAACCCUGCAUUCUUCGGCGGUAACCAGGGCGGUGGUAACGACUGGGGCAACCCUCACGGUGCGAAGCGACCUCGACCCGAGUAGGACUACCGGCCAAGGCAGUUUGCGCGAUCUUGAGGUAAUGGCCGGACCGGCUUGUCGCAGCGCGAUCCAGUUGUCGCCGCGUCGUAGAGCUUUCGGUCACGACCUCCUCAUCGCAUCACGAUUAGGAUUCAUUCCUUCGACGAGGACUAUCUCAUCGACGAGAUCUCUUCGCGCUUAUCAGAGAGAAUCAGUUGAUCAAGGCCUCUAGUCUUCAGAUGAGUGACGGGUAUAUUGGCUGCGACGUCGUGAAGCUCAUUGUUGCUACGGAUGGAUGAUAGCAACCACCAAAAUGCAAGAUGUUUGCUUUGAGUUAUUGUAUGUGUACUAUUAGAAUAUGGCUGCGUGGGAACGGUCCCUAGCACCUCGGUUACGGCGUUACAGUUCAGAACUGAAAAGCACAAUCUACGACUUCGUUUCGUCAUUUCACG